AACCACAAGGCACGGUCACAUGAGCAUGUGGUGGCCGAUUCCUUCGCUUCAUUAAACUUAAGCUACGGCUUUCGGCCUGUAAUACCGUUGAAGCCUCGACACCCCCCCUUCCUUCCUUCCUCGCACCUCUCUCUCUAUCUCUUUCUCCAGCUGUUGCUAGCUGUCUCCCUCUUCCCUUGUCAUGUGAACCCCUCUUCUCCUGCCCCUACAGCAAAAGAAAAUUCAACUGCCACCCCUACCGCGUCAACCAUAAUAACGAGAGAGAGAGAGAGAGAGAGAGGGAGAGAAGCACAAACAAGCGACUGCUAUUCGAAUUCGAAUUGAAAGGCCUCUAAUCCUUAUUUCCAUCAGGUUUCAGCUCUCGGCUACCAUUGCCUGGCCGCCGGUCUAAGACCAAGCUUUUGGAGAGAGAGAGAGAGAGAGAGAGAGAGAGAGAGAGAGAGAGAGAGAGAGAGAGAGCGAUGGCUCAGCUCCCUCCUAAGAUCCCCACCAGCAUGCCCCCCACCUGGCCCAACUUCGGCCACCACCGUCUCCCCUCCUCCUCGAUCCCCACCCCCACGCAGCCGGCACCCAGCUCCCAGCCCUCAUGGGUCGACGAAUUCCUCGACUUCUCCUCCGCCAAGCGCGGCUCCCACCGCCGCUCCGUCAGCGACUCCAUCGCCUUCCUUGAGGCCCCGCCGGCGGACGACGCCGCUGCUGCCCGUGAAUACGACCGCCUUGACGAGGACCGGCUCAUAGAGUCCAUGUUCUCCGACGACGUCCCGCUCCCGUCAUCCUCCUCCGCCGGUGCUGCGCUCCCCGUCACGUCUUCCAACCCGUCCACGCCGUCCGACCACAACAGCGUCAACGACGACUUAAAGCCUGCCGCAUCGUCCGACCGCCAGACUGCACCGAGCAACGAGUUGGCUGCGGAGGCGCAGAGCGCUUGCAAGGCCGAGCCGCAGGCGCCGGCUGCUGCCACGCAAGCUGAACCGGAGCCCAUCGUCGACCCCAAGAGAGUUAAGAGGAUAUUAGCCAACCGGCAGUCGGCGCAGAGGUCGCGAGUGAGGAAGCUCCAGUACAUAUCGGAGCUCGAGCGCACCGUCACCACGUUGCAGACCGAGGUGUCGGCGUUGUCGCCUCGGGUUGCAUUCCUCGAUCACCAGCGCUCGAUUCUCACAAUGGGGAACAGCCAUCUGAAGCAGCGGAUUGCAGCUUUGGCCCAGGACAAAAUCUUUAAAGAUGCCCACCAAGAAGCAUUAAAGAAGGAGAUCGAGAGGCUAAGGCAAGUCUACCACCAGCAGAAUAUAAAGAAAAUAUCUGCUCCCACCUCUGAACCCGCCAUGCGCACAGAAAAAGAGCUGGUCAGCUGACGCUCAGAAACAAAAUGCUGCAGAGGUGACAGUAAUUCGUUGAUUAGGGGUUGAGGUGAUGGUGUUCAUCAAGCAGGAGAAUUGAGCUUGCGGUGAUGGUGGUAAAUGUAUUAUUGUAUUCUUUGUGUAUUUCCAUUUCAUCUAUCACUUUUCUCUUUUUU